AGAUCAUCAUGUUUCGUGUAUUUCCUUUGCCUGACUGUCCUGUCACCUGUUAGUACGUAAUUUGUAACCCACUGUUGCAUAGAAUGGAAAAGGAAUUUAAAGCUGCUAGGAAAAAGAUAAGGAUCCAUCUCAAGGCUGCAGAGUUCGAAAAUGCUCUUUUAGUUUGCAAGGAACUGAUAUCACGUGAUGUUCAUUCAGCAGAGAUUUUCUACUAUCAAGGACUUUGUUACUACCGUUUACAGCAGCUUCCAACGGCUGUACUAUCUUAUGAACGAGCACUUUCCAUUGAUGCAAAUUACUUAGAUGCACUGAAGGGCCUAAGUCUUUGUAUGCUCAAUGCUGAUGAUGAUAGGGCACCUCCCCAGAAAAAGCUUUCAGUGCUAAAGAAGCUUCUCGAAGUGGAUCCCGAAAUAAAAAAUGCUGAACCAAUGAAAAAACAGAUCAGUCUCUGUCACUGGAAGGUAGCUGAAUAUGAUCUUUCUUUUCAGACUCUGUUAUGUUUAUCCCUUGAUCAUGCGAGGGAAGUACAGCGAAUAAUGUUCACUGAGGUCUCCAAAACGAACAGCGCUCUAUGCUACAAGCAACUUCAUUUCAUACUUGCCAAGGAUAAGGAUCUUAUGCCCACCAGCAACAAAAUGAAAUUCUACUAUGAGUACGGAUCAUUUUUGAAUGAGCAAGGAGAAGAUCCCAAAGAUCUAAUAAACUUGAUGGUCUCUAAUCUUGAUUUCUACAGACAGAAUGUUAGAGUAGAUUCCAGUGGAGGCUCCAUAGGAUCAGACGAGACAGGAGUACAAGUUACCCCUAAUACCGAAGAGUGGUGGCCUUCUCAAACACUGUCAGCUCAGCUGUGGAUUAUAUGGGAUCAAAUAAGCGACUGGAACGGCUCUCCUAAGCUUCAAAUUCCAGAGGAUGUUAGCGUCUCACUAGAAGACACUUCACUGAUCCUAAGAAAAGACAAAUGUACUGCUAAAACGAUCUUCCAUCUGUUACAAGAUCUGGACUAUGACAAAUGUCAGGACGUUAUAGACCUGUGCACUGGUGACAUGAUGAACAAUGCCACGUGUAGCCAUUAUAACAGCACGUGCAGCUUCCAUGACGAGAUUUGUACUGUGCACGAUGGUAACCCUACUGUCAUGUUUUUGAGAAGUGUGGCUCGUACCACUAUCAGGAAAGACGUCGAGAAAAUACCUGACAAUUUAGCAAUCCUAGAGAAGAUUCUGCAAGAAAGGCCGACUUAUCACAACAGUUCGCUACUGAAACUAGUUGCGAGGUUCCGAUGUUAUGUGAUCCACACUUUCAACCUUCCCAAUGACCUCGUUUACUUGAAGGAGUGUGCCCUUCAGGACCCUAUUAUAGAGGCUUGGUUAGCCCUUAUGAAAAACUCAACUACUAUACUCACCUGCGAACAUCCCCACCCGAUGGUCGAUGCAGUAAAACAGUACAUUAAGAAAAACACAGACAGACACGUGAACAUCGAGAAGUUACUCUCGGUCAGAGCCGCUCAUCCUAAAAACUUUACCUACUCUACACUUCUUCUGAAGGUGUUAAAAAAGGAAGUGGAGGAAGGGGAAUAUGACAAAAGUGAAUUUGAGAAGAUUGUCAACAAGUGUUAUGUUAACGACAAGAAGAAUCCCACCAUACUCUUUUACCUAGGCGACAUUUCCCGAGAGCAGCAUAAAGAUCCCAUAGCAGCAGCGAGAUAUUACGAGAAAUCAAUAAGAAUCAGUGGUAGCUUGGAUGUGUUGAAACUUCUAGAUUCACUCCCUCAAACAGACGAUAUGAUCAAAGAACUCAAUAUCAAGAGUCAUGACCAUAUACUAAAGACGUCGCGUGACCACAAGUUGCAUGUAAGACUGGCAAUGUUGCACACUAACAAACCCAACCAAGCUAUAAAGCAGCUUCAGCAGGCUCUUAAGAUAUCCCCGGACGCGUUAACAUUAGAACUGCUAGCAGAAAAGUACCUGUCAUUAGGCAAGUACAGAUCAGCCUACAAGUCGUACAGUAAAGCGGCCGAGCUGGAGCCUACCUCUUACAGACAGUACAGUUUAGCAGCCAUACUCUCCAACUAGGUCGUCCUAAUGAAGCUCUAGUUCUGUUCCAGGAGGUUCUGGAGAGCAACAGAUCGUACGGGCCAGCUCUGCUAGGCUGUGUUAAAUCUGUGUACCAGUUAGCUGUUAACUGUGUUCUCCACUCUGCUAGGUACGCUCACGCUGUGUCCCUUGCUAAUCAGUGUGUUCAGUACCUAGAUCAGGUGCUGCACUUUGAACCGAGGUGGUCUGUUACCUGGAAGUAUUUGGGGGAUGUUUGUCUGCUGUUAGUGCAACUCAGGGACUCUACACUCACUCUACCUAACAAUAUAAAGACUGCUCUAGAUGUUGAGGGGCAGGAGAUAUCGGAUAAAGGUCUGGUUACUUUAGCAGUUAAAUCUUACAACAAAGGAUUGGAACUGGAGCCUGGUUGUUCUGAGUAUCUAUUAGAUCUAACGAGAUCAUAUCUAGAACUGGCAGGAUACCAAGAGGAGUACCUGUUGCACGCGCUGACCCUCGCUAAACGCGCUGUUCGUCUCAGACCACGUGACCACCUGGCAUGGAACAUGCUCGGAGCUGUAUGUAUAAAGCGGAAGGUAUACAACCUGGCUCAACACGCCCACAUCAAGUCUCUCAUGCUCAAUAAGGACGAUAACCCUGCAGCCUGGACCAACUUGGGCUUACUCUACAUGUUGAAUAAUGAGUUCCAGCUUGCUAACCAGUGUUACUCAGAAGCACAAAGUAAUGAUCCCAAGUACGCGCAGUGCUGGGUUGCCAUGGCGUACCUUGCCCGUCAGAUGGGCUACGAGGACGAAGCUGGGAGGAUUUUCAAGGACCUGAUUCAAGACAGAGAGAGAAGAACAACAGUUGAAGGUACGCUGGAGUACACGGUUAAGUUCUGUGCGAGUGAAAUGAGUACUGAAAUGAUACACGAGGUACUGACAUUGACUACUCGGUGUUCUUAUCUGAAACACUCAGCUGAUUGGCUACUUUUCAACAUAUCAGGAGUGUUGAGCGAACAGCUAGACCUCCACAAACAAGCUCUUCAGCACUAUGUAAAGGCAACCACUCUAGCCCCUACAACUGAAGUAAGGGUGGAACUGAAACGGAACAUUGACAGAGUGCAGUGUAAACUGGGCAACUACUCCACUCUAAAUGAGAACAAUCACAGCUUGUGGCUGGCACUGGCUCAUAUGAAACGAGGGCAGUAUGGAAUGGCAUCUAGUAUUCUAGACAGCAUGUCUGGUAAUGAAGGUGCUGCUCAGUUGGAUGUGAGCGUAUUCCAGGCUGUUCUCUGUUGGAUAUCAGAAGAUAUGAAGUCAAUAUCUAAACACCUGCCGACCACUAGUAGUGAUGUCUCACAAGUUAUUAAAUGUCUCAUGUUGUCUGUAGAUCCGCCAAAAGAACUUCGCAGCUCUAUUAAUUCCAAAGACUCUGAUCUCCAGGCCAAGUUCGCCUGCCUUUCCCUGAAACUUCAGUUGCAGUCUGACUCUUCACCUUCAACUGCAAUAACAGAGAUGUUUUCUAAGAUUAACGCCAUACCAGUCAACUCUAAAGAAAGUCAGUACCUGCUAGCCAAGUAUCUUAUUAUCCACCAAAUUGAAAUGAGCAGAGCCCGGCAGAUAUUAGAAAGACUGAUGAAACUCGGUGCUCUGAGGGAAGAUAUAUUCGAGCUAUAUUUGGAGGGUGUUAUGUGUGAUGUGUCACGUGGUGUUACUGACAUGGACACUGACAAAAACUCUGGUAGUAAUGGGACAGAUAAGACCACUGAUAACGGUGACACUGGGAGCGGGGAAACUGAUAGUGAUGAAGAUAUUAUCAGAAAAUAUACUCUCAAAUCUUACCACAUGUUUCCAUGGAGACAGAAUUCUAAGUCACUUUUUCAGCGCUAUAUAACAUCUUAAUUUAAUAUUACAUUAAGAUCGACAUUUAUGUUAUUAUUUCCAUUUUGGGAAGUUUGUAUUUGUUAGAUUGUUACUGGAGCAGAAAUAACAAUUUUUACUGUGAUCUCUUUAAAGUAACUAUUGUGUUGGGGAUAUUUAUACUUUUCAGAUGCAAUUUUUCAAUGUUUAAGUUUUUGAGUUUUAUUGAAUAUCGUGUUAUUUAUACAUAUAUGGACACGUUCAUAAAAAAGAUGAAAUUCAGCCAAAAUUUGUUAACUGUGAUUUUUGUGUCUUCUUAUCAAAAUGAGAAACAUGAUAAUCAUCCCAUGGUUAAGUUAAACGUUCAAAUUUUGCAAUGCUGAAAUCGCCAAAUAAUUUUUUUCCUUAGUUACGGAGUGAUAGUCGUUUAGUUUGGGGCUCUGAAAAUAACACAAAAGUCACAAAAUUUCUAUUUUUGGUUUAACACAACCUCUAUUAUGGGGCCUAUUUUUCAUUUUGUAUGGUCAAUAUUGAUAGUACAAGUUCUUAUCAGUCAUAUGAUACGAUUCUACACGUUUUUAUUCGUUAAGAGGGUCAAUUUAGCACAAUAAUCACAUUUCAAUGCAAAAAAUGGCAGAUUUUCAGAGGUGAAUUUGAAGUGCUUAAUUCACUAAUUGGAUAUUAAAAUGUUGCUAGAUGUCAUCGUGUGUGUAUACAUUCUUGAGUUUCGUGAUUCUGCUUGCCAAAGUGGGGCUAAAUUCCACACAAUAAUCACAUUUCUGUGUAGUGUGUUACUAGGCAGUAAAUUUGUCAG